UUUGUUUAGUAAUAGGAAACUGGGAGGGGCAGGCACACCUGAGUAGGAGAACUGACUUCCAGUCUGUAGUGCCUGCACCUGUACACUACUCAUCCUCUGGACCAGCUCUGUACCUUACCACUGGGAGCUCAGAGGUGCUGAGAAUACAAUUUGCUUUCUUGAAAACCUUGUUAGACUCCAUCACAACUUUUAAUGAACAUUUAAUCAUUUUAUAGGCUUGCAGUUGCAGACCUCAAUUAACAUGGAUGUAAAGCACAUAAAAGAUUAUCUUUCCUGGCUCUACUACCAGUAUCUACUUAUAACAUGCAGCUAUGUGCUAGAACCAUGGGAGCAGACCAUUUUUAAUACUAUAUUAUUAGCAGCUAUAGCUAUGGUGAUAUACAGCUCCUACAUCUUCAUCCCGAUUCACAUGCGUCUGGCUAUGGAGUUCUUCUCUGGAAUAUGCGGAGGGCAGCAUGAAAGUACUGUUGCCCUAAUGAGCUGACCCUUUCUGUUCACGUGGGUGCAUUAAAUGGUUCCACCUGUUUGUUCAUAGGACAUGCUGCUUUCUCAGUUGGGUACAUUCAUAAUGGCUGGAAUCACAGAGGUUUACAAAGUACUUGUUCUGUGGUAGACUCUUGAAUGUAAGAUUCUAUUGAUCAUAUUACUAUUUUAUCAUGUGUUAGUCUUUGAAAAUGUGUUAACAGCAGAAAUGCUUUAUCCCUAAUCAUGCAUGUAGUACAACCAGCAGUCUCGCUUUCUGGAUAUCUUCAUUCUUCUUACAAAAAAAACUAAUAACGCAAAAAAUACAAUUUUAUUGGAAACCGCAUUUCCAACCAGAAAUAAAUUAAAUGCAAGAUGAUGGGAAUUCAGUGCCAGGGUUUUUGCUCUAUGCAUGCACAUUAUCUUUUCUUUUUAAAACCUUUAUCUAUUUUUGUGCAAAUAAAGUGUAUUAUUUAUAGACUUGAA